UACAGAAUACCAUAUAUAUAUAAAGAAGAAAAAAUAUAUAUGUGGUGGUGGCGUAGCUGCGUCCUGGUGUUGGAUUAUAUACUCAACAGUGAACACUGACACUGGUACUGGUUUUUGCGCUUGGAGCUGUCGCUGGCCAGAGGAAUAACAGGCACAGAGGGAGACCAGCAGUUUAGUUUUGUGCUGUUUAACGUUAAGGCAUAAGCAGGCAGAAGCAGAACUGGAGACUGCGCUACUGCGGCUUGUAGUGUAGUGAUGAUAAAAACGAGUUGUUGUUAUUCUUUAUGUUCAAUGCGAAAUAAAAGCCGUGAUUCGCGUUGAAGUUAAGUUUAAACAAUAACUAUUUACUCUUUUUAUUGCUGUAGCCACGUAUACAUAUGGAGGUGUCCCCGAACCGGCGCUGCCUGAACCAGCUUAACAGCUGAUCGGAGUAUGAGGCGGCGGUGAACGGGGCCACAAUUGCACCACCACCCCCGCGAAUAAAGGAAAAAAAAUUACUAAAAUAAAAAUAAUCAAUAACAGUAGAAAAAAAAGAGUACUAUUGACUAUUGUCGCAAUUGAUUCAUAGAUCAAGUGGAACUUGGAGGAAAAAUAAAUAAAAGUAAACCAUACAAUCCCUAGAUUCAAAAUCAAGGAAAUAAAGUAAAAAAACUAAAUCUUUGUAUAUCAAUAUAAAAUAUAACCGAGGGAGCACUGAAAGAAGACAACAAUUGUUAGCUUGACGGCAAUUUGAUCAAAGAUGGUCAAAACUUUUCAAGCUUAUCUACCCUCCUGCCAUCGCACUUAUUCGUGCAUACACUGCCGUGCUCACCUUGCUAAUCAUGACGAACUCAUCUCAAAGUCCUUCCAAGGCAGCCAAGGUCGUGCCUAUCUCUUCAAUUCCGUGGUUAAUGUUGGUUGCGGUCCUGCGGAAGAGCGAGUUCUCUUAACUGGCCUUCAUGCUGUCGCUGACAUUUAUUGCGAGUGUUGUAAAACUACUCUCGGUUGGAAAUAUGAGCACGCGUUUGAGUCAAGUCAAAAAUACAAGGAGGGUAAGUUUAUAAUAGAACUGGCCCACAUGAUCAAGGAAAAUGGAUGGGAAUGAACAUGUAGACAGGGGGGUGGGUCAUGACACACCACCCCUGCUUACCUGAAUCCCGUAAACUAAAUCCUUAAAAUAAAUUUUUUAAAAAUAAUCAACUAAACUCAAAAAACUGAAAACAUAAGUACAUGCCUACAAUGUUGUUCUCGAGCUGCAAUGUGCGGCGCCCUAUCCUCAAUACAAAAAGAUGAACAAAAACAAUAAUAAAUAAUAAUACAACAAGAAACAAAACAAAACAACAGCCCUCCUUUGACAAACCACCAACGAAAGUCUGUGAUUUCAUUUGUGAUUUGUAAUCUUAGUAAUGUUUUUCCGUUCUGGACAAUUCACAAAAAAAAUAUAAAUCGUUUUUUAAUUCUCCAAUUAUGUGGACUAGGGAGAAGAAAAAAUGUAUUUUAUUAAAAUCAAUAUAAAUAUACUAAUGGAUUUAAAAGAAUGGAAGGACAAAGUAAAGAUAAUGCGAUUAUUUGCCGCUUAAAGAUGAAUAUUGUAUGUAAAGAAAUUAUUUUUGAGAAUGGUAGAGUCGCGAUUUAAGUAAAGAUUUAAAGUUAAUAAAAAUUAAGUAGAUUACUCGCGAGGAUUGAUGUGAAGAGAUGAUUAUUUUAAAAAAAAGUGUUGGCGAUGCUAAGGUAAAAAUGAUGCGCAGAUAAAGACAAGUAAAUAAAAUUCAGAACAAGUUUUAAAAAUAAUAAUAAGACGACGGCGAUGACGAUGAUGAUUAUUAUUAUUAUUAUCAACAUUUACGUGAACAGUUGAGUGCCCCUUUAUCUCUCUUUCAUCUCUCCCUCUCUCUCCCUCUUUUUUUUCAGUGUUUGUUAGUCUCAAUGAAUAUCAACACAGCCGCCGAGUUGCGACGACAACGACGUCGACUACUCUGGCAUAUAAAUUAUCGCGGGGCACUCAGAUUGUUUUUUUAUUUUUCAAAAAACAAUAUGAAAUACGAUAUAUUUCAGGAUUAAAAUAGCAAACGAUGCUGAAGAAUAUUAACAAACAAAUAAUUAAUCAAUGGAAAAUAAAAUAUUUAUUGUAAGCAGUGCGAAUACAGACUGCUAGAUUGACUGCCCUGCCUGUCGCAUCUAUCGUUGGAAUUUCACUGCCGAUAUUCCUAAAAUAUAAUUAACAAAAAAUGAAAAUAAAUUAAAUUAACAAAAAAAUAAAACAAUUGGAUGAAAAUAAAACUUGCCAUCGUUAAGGCAAAGUUAUAGCUCCAGCGUAGCCUACAUUGAUUAGUGUAUUAAAGCCUAUAUUAUAUUUACUAUAGAACUUAUAAUAUAGUUGGUAAUUUUAAGUGCGUGAUUGAAUGAAUGAGUUAACUAAACUUAUAUAUAAUAUUCAUUUUAAAAAAUAAAAAAAAAUUAAUGAGGUAAGAGACCUAGUAUCCGAUCACUCAUGUAUUUAUUUAUCUAUAUUUUGUAAUAGAUAUACAAAUACAUGAGUUAUCGAGUACUAGUUCUCUGAUCAGGUACUGGAUCUUUUGACUUAAGUACUUUUUUUUAAUCUAAGGUAAAAGACCUAGUACCUGAUUAGGGGACUAGUACAUGAUCAGGAAAAUAGAACCCGAUCACUUCAUGUAUUUGUAUAUCUAUAUUUAGUAAAUUUUACUCAGUAUAGAUAUACAAAUACAUGAGUGAUCAGAUACUAGUUCUCUGAUCGCUUACUGGUCCUCCUACUUUACCACGGAAAUUCAUAUUACAAUUUUAUUAUAAUUUUAAAAUGAAUCUUUUGUGACUGUAGAGGAAAUUAUAAUCGAACAUAUAUAAAAUUUGAAAGAUUCUACUUAACUUCUUAGAGGAAAAAUUUUUUCCUCUAAGAAACUAUGUCCCUGGUUAAAAAUGCUGAUUGAAAAGAAUUGAGAAGCGGUCACUCCAUGCAAACUGUAUAUCUAUAUAUAUAUACAAGCAAAAGAAUUUAAGUUAUUGAAAAGAAUUCGAAUCCCAUCAUUUUUAAUUCUUUUCAAUCAAUAUGUUUAAACAGGGAUAAGAAUUUUGAAAUUUUAUACAUUUGAUUCUAAUCCUCUUUACAGUUACAAUAAAUUUAUUCAAAAAUUAUAAUAAAACUGUAAUAUGAAUUUUCAUGGUAAAGUAAGAAGACUAGUACCUGAUCAAAGAACUAGUACUCGAUCACUCCAUAUAUGUGUACAUUCAUAUUUAGUCAAAUUUACUAAAUAUAGACAUACAAAUACAUGGGUGAUCACGUACCAGUUCCCUGAUCGUGUACUAGUUCCUUGAUCAUGUACUAUUUAUCUGAUCAUGUACUAGGUCUUUUACCUAAUAUAUAUCAUACAUGUAGUGAUCGGGUACUGGAUAUCUUACCUUACUGAAGAUAAUGGAUUGUAUUAAAGUUUUGGCUUUAGGAACAUAAAUGUGAUCGUGUAAACUCACUUGAUUUUUUACGUUUUACCGUAGUCACAAGUGGUUACAAAAGCCAAACUUAUUUGUUUGUCUACCAGAUAUGGAAUAAUUUAAAUAUCAAACAAAUAACUUUAUUAUUAGAUUGUUAAAAUAAAAAGUAUUAUAAUUAUUGUUAAUUCUGCAGGAUACAGAGGAUUAAGGUCUUUCAGCGUUUCUUAUUUUUUUUUUAUUCACAAUAUAAUUUAUACCUAAAAAAACAGUAAUACAUUUGUGUACUCGUUCAAUUUGCGCUUUUUUAUGCACACGACAUAAAAUAAAAUUUUAAAAAACAUGUUAAUUAAGGCGAUUGCUCAUUAUUCUUAACGUCGAUCUCAUUUUUAAAAUUAAAUCAUUAAAAAAAGAAAAAAAAUUUUGUUUUUUAAUUUUUAUAAUAAAAAAAAAUAAAUAAUUUUUAUUUGCGUGAUAGUUUACUAGACAAUUAAAAUAAAUUUUAGUAGUGAUUAUUAAUGAUUGUGUUUAAAUUAAUUUAAAAAACUAUUAUUAUUAUUAUCGAUUACUAGUUGCAAUUUAUGUAUUUGUAUUUUUUGUAUGUAAGAUAAAAAAAAAUGAUCCUGAAGUUCGACAACUAAAAAUUUUUGGAGUUUCUUUCAACAAAUCGAUUACAAAACAUAAAUAAAAAUAAAAAUAUGCACAUGUAGGAAAUUACAAAAACGACAGGUGCAAUUUUUUAAAAUAUUUUUUUUUUUUUUUUUUCAUAAUUUAUCAUUUUAAAAAAAGUUAAAAAAUUCCAAGCCGUCUAACUUCAGUGUCAUAAAUUAUUGAGGGCAUGUUAUCCGACCCGUAAUGAUAUACCAUACAAUAAUGUCAUAAAUAGAAGUAAAAUGUAAUAAAAAAAAUUUUUUUUAUGA